AUGGUCAAGCGCACGAGCCCGAACAUCAUCAUCACCGGAACGCCCGGCGUCGGCAAGACGACACACGCGCAGCUACUGGCGCAAAACUGCGCGGGGGAGCUCAAGCACCUGGCGAUCAACCAGGUGGCCAAGGAGCGGGAUUGCUACGACGGCAAGGACGAGGAGCUGGGGAGUUGGAUUGUGGACGAGGAUAAGCUCCUCGACGCGAUCGAGCCGGACGUGCUGCGCGGCGGCAACAUCAUCGACUGGCACGCGUGCGACCUGUUCCCGCGCAGCUGGAUCGACCUGGUGGUGGUGGUGCGGGCGGACAGCACGCUGCUGUACGACCGGCUCAAGGCGCGCGGCUACAACAGCCGCAAGCUCGACGAGAACAUGGACGCCGAGAUCAUGCAGGUGCUGCUGGACGAGGCGCGCGACGCCUUCGACGAGCAGAUCGUCGUCGAGCUGCGCAGCGACUCGGCCGACGAGGUCGAGCAGAACUGCGAGCGCAUCGAGGCUUGGGUGAAGCAGUGGAAGGAGGAGCAUAAGGAUGGUGUUGAGGGCGUGAGUGGGUUGGGUGGGGAGGAGGAUGGGGAGGAGGAGGAGGAUUGA